CUGGUUUGUGGCGAGUGUUGCGCGAGGUCUGCGGGCACCAACUGCCCUCGACACGGCACCAGCUACAUCGAGUGGAAAUGCAGGUAUUGCUGCAGCCUGGCGUCGUGGUUUUGCUACGGUACGACACACAUGUGCGAUCCCUGUCACAAAGCCGCAGCGUAUGGCUUGCUUCCAAGGCCUGCGGUCAUAGGCAAUGGCGACACGUGCAAGGACCCCAAGUGCCGCUUGGAAGGCAUCCCGCACCCGCCGCCGGGCAGGGAGGCGUGCCUGGGCUGUGGCAUGUGUCGGGCGGGGUUAUAG